GCUGUGUAUCGAUGGUGACCAUGAGCCGGCUGGCGGAUCUGGACAAUACCUAUGUUGCAUUCUGGCCUCACGAUGGUUCUAGCUCCUACGGCCCGUUCCAGGUGACCCUGGUCUCUGAGAAACCGCAGGCAGAAUUCACAGAGCUACGGCUCACCCUCAGUAAACACAAACAGAGUGUGAAGUAUGAGAUUAAAGUUCUGCAGCUUGAUAACUGGCCAAUGGGGAACCCUGUCCCUCAAUCCCCAAACUCCAUCAUCAGGAUCAUACAGGAGCUGGAUUCAUGGCAACAACAGAAUGGGAAUAAACCAAUCCUGGUCACCUGCUGCGAUGGAGCGAGUCGCUGUGGGUUAUUCUGUGUUUCCAGUUUAAUCUGUCAGCAGAUACGGCACGAGGCCACGGUCGAUGUCUUCCAAGCUGUCAAAACUAUCCGCAGCAGCAGGCCCCAGGUCAUCAACAACACGGAUCAGUACACCUUCUGCUAUCAGCUGGCAAUGGCUUUCCAUCACACAGGCCGUCCAGUAAAGGAGAGAACAUUGGGCAAGGUCAAGGCCACCAGGAAUCAGACCAAGGCCUGUAACAAGAUGGGGAAUGAUGGAUGGUGAACACUGCGAUGACAGGGAGAAUCUCUGAGUGCUCGCAAUCAUUCCUCAGCCGAGUGCACAGUCACAGAUUAUACAGAACAUGGACAUUUCAGUGAAACUGCUGCAUGUGCUGGCAUUUUAAACCCUGUAUCUGCAGCAAUUUGUGAGGCUGUACCCCUCUC